CAAGACACAUCAGCUCCCUUGAACCUUGGUAGCACAUCUCUCCUGAUCCUCACCAGAUCUCAUAAUGACUCCAAGCACGACCUCCGAAACGGCCCCGUCUCAUUCUCCGAGACAAACUGUGGCCAUGAAAAAAGAAGCACUUGACUUGCGAAAGGUGAGAAUUGCGAAGAGCCGUCAGAGGCCCAAUCUACUUUGUCCAGAUUUUCAUGUACUUUGUAUGUCUAUGUGUGUGGCUUGUUAAACUAAAUGUUGUUGUUAUCUUCUUUUUAGACGCUGAAGCCUUUGAUGGAAAAGAGAAGGCGCGCUCGCAUCAAUGACAGCCUUAACCAACUGAAGGCCUUGAUUCUUCCUCUAACAGGGAAAGAUAAUUGUCGCUACUCCAAGCUUGAAAAAGCAGAUAUCUUGGAGAUGACCGUGAGAUUCCUCAAGGAAAUCCCUGCCUCUUCCCCGAAAGAUAAAUCUGAGAGCUUCAAUGAGGGCUACAAAGCUUGCCUACAGCGCGUUUCCACGCUGAUGCCCAAAGUCAACCUGGACAAAGAGGCCAGCCAGCGGGUGAACGACUUCAUCAAGCAAUCCGCGCCUGUUGCAGGGUGUCAGAACUGUUGCGCCCAGAGCUCAAGGAUUCUCCCGCAGAUUCAGCACAGGCUGAGCAUCAAGCCCUCGGUCUCGACCGGCGACCGCCAAGGCGUCAUCGCUCCCCUCCCUAGCCGACCACAGCCUGCGCCACAGCCGGCCAGUGCCAGCAUGUGGAGACCCUGGUAG